AUGUCCCAAUUGAAGCAAAUUCAGGCCCAUGUAUUCUGCAUUGGCCUGCAACAAGAUAGAGACACCCUCAACAAGCUCAUGGCCUUUUCCAUGGACUCAUCAUUAGGGGAUUUUAACUAUGCAAACAGAAUCUUCAACCACAUUCAUGACCCCUCGUUAUUUAUCUACAAUCUCAUGAUCAAGGCCUUUGUGAAAAGGGGUAGUUUUUGUAGUGCCAUUUCUCUGUUUCACCAAUUGCGGGAACAUGGGUUGUGGCCUGAUAACUACACCUACCCUUAUGUUUUGAAGGGUAUUGGUUGCACUGGGGAGGUUAGGAAAGGGGAAAAGAUUCAUGCUUUUGUGGUUAAGACUGGCCUUGAGUUUGACCCUUAUGUGUGUAACUCAUUGAUGGAUAUGUAUGCUGAGUUGGGUCUAGUUGAGGGGUUCUGUCAGGUGUUCGAGGAAAUGCCUGAGAGGGAUAGUGUUUCUUGGAACAUCAUGAUUUCAGGUUAUGUCAAAUGCAGGAGGUUCCAAGAGGCUGUUGAUGUUUACCGGCGAAUGCGAAUGGAGAGCAACAAGAAGCCCAAUGAAGCAACGGUUGUGAGCACCCUGUCGGCGUGCUCAGUGUUGAGGAAUGUGGAGCUUGGGAAGGAAAUUCACAGUUACAUUGCAGUUCAACGACCCUGGGAAGAAGAUCCAUUUACCAUGAGUGAGGAAGUUAUGAAGAUGAUAUCAUUAGAAGUUGUGCGUGAAAGGUUAUUGGACUAUGUACAUCAGGUAGUUGUUGAAUUCAUUCAUUCUUCUAAUACCUAG